CCGAUAGUGAGCUUAGUAUGUUAUGACAUCACUACAGCUCUGCCUCUUCUUCCUUUAAAAAUCAUCCCCUUAAGUUGCACACAGUUAGUCUUGAGUUUAUUUGCUUCAAGAUAUAACCUCCUGAAACACAACAGCCAUGGCCGAGUUAUACCUAGGAAAAUGGAAAUUAGAAGACGCUAACAAGGAAAUGUUUAAUGCAUAUCUGGAGGGCUUAGGUAAUAUCUGCAUGUAUUUUAAAUUUGUCUAUUUUAUCUGACAUAAAUUUGCUGAAAGUCACUGCAAGUUUACUGAAUCACACAUAGGUGUAUUUACUAAGCUGUGAAGAAUAGGCAAGGAUCUAGAAAUAUUGGUCCACAAACAGUCGAACUGCAAAGAGCUUAGAAUUUUUCCAAUUUUUCUCUAAAAUAAGCAAAUCUAUUUUCCACAAUACCUAGUUCAGUAAACGAACCUCUACAUUUUCUUGGUAGUUUUGCAUUUCAGGGUAAUUCAUUAUUUUUAUUUAAUGAAGUAAUGUAGCUUACCUAGUUUUUGUAUUCUCGUAACCCUAUAAUAAACAAAGCGAAACAGAACAUUAUAUUUUUAUGUUCCCUUAUCUUCCAAUUACUGAACAAUCAUUUCAUUUGGUGUUUUUUUGCUAAUUUGAGUGUAUUAUUUUACCCUUCAGUCAUACGCAUGCGAUUUAAGUAUGUUAAAUCAUCACUGCUUAAGGUGAGGUUUAGAAUAAGCAGUAUGUUAAAAAUGUUGAAUUAAAAAAAAAAUGAUAAAAUGAGAUGCAAUAUAAAAAAUGUUAAAUGAGCUAUUUUAAACUGUUCUGACUAUAUUCAAUGGUAAGAACCUAGAUUUCUGAAAAUAAUACUUGAAGUCUGUUCUAUGUUGUUUAAAAGGAUGAUGUGGCUUUUACAAAAGGUCAUCAUUCAUUAGGACGAAUAAUGUACUUUCAAAACUAUAAUCUAGCAGAUUAACGUUUCUGCUUUUUGUUAUCUUUUAAAAAACAAAAAACUAAAGAAACUCUAGGUAAAGGAAGUCUUUUGCAAUGUGUCUCUAAUUUGCCAAUUUCUGCAGUGAAAUAUUCCAGAAUACUAGAAUAUAUGUUGUGCUUCUGGUGACGACAGAUCUCUUUAGAUGUCAAGAUUACUAACUAAAGUGUGAAUUGUCAGUAAUUUAAAGUAAAUUUUACAUUUUUACUGUUUGACAGCUUUGGCUCAAAAUUUGUAAUUUUAAUUUGAAAUUCACUUAAAAUGUGUGAAUAACUUGUUUUAUACAGCUUGAAGAUUCUUACAUUUCUAAUGUUGCAUUGCUAACAUAUUUUGAACUUGCAGCGCGAAUGCUUUGAACUCUUUUGCAAGUUUCUGUCCCAAUGGACAGCGUAGCCAACUGCCUACACGUACCGCUCUCUUAGGAAUACUUACCUAAGGGGCUGCUUGGGUAAUUCUUUUUUUUUUUUAAUGUAAUUUUAGGGGGAAGAGGAUGACAUACUCCCUGGCACUUCAGUGCUUCUGGUCCCAGUGGGAAGCAAACUGACAUAUGAUGGUCCUUACGUAAAUGUCUACAGACACAGAUUAGAUUGAUAUAAAUGUGCCCAAAAUUCCUAACACUAUAGUGUCCCUCUACCCUUGUGCCCCUUCCCCCUGAGUAAAAACCCUUUCAGUCACUUAGCUGAUUCUGGCUGAUGUCCCUGGGUGCUGGAUCAGUCUCCUCUGUCGAUGGGGUGACCAAAUAUGCCACAGGCACAUUAUGCAUUCCCCAUGGGAAAGCAGUGAAUCAAUGCUUUUCAAUAAGGUUUGGCUUGAUGCUGGCUGUCCUUAUGCAAGGCGUGUGAAUGUCCAGCAUUGUUACACAGAGUCAAACUACAGGAAGCACCUCUAGUGGUUGUCUGGUACACAGCCACAAGAGGCAGUCUUAGCACUGCAAUAUAAACUUUGCAGAUUCCUAUAGCAGGGCUAAGGGGGGCAGGUACACUGUACACAGACCACUUCAAUGAGAUUAAGUGAACUGGGUGACUAUAGUGUCCCUUUAAUAAUAAAAAAUAAUUCAAACCUAUUAUUAGUACCUAACUAAGAUACCCAUUUAAUAUAGCUGGGCUAUCGGUUGACUUAACAGAUAAAUGUGCAUGCACUUACUGUCCACAUCAUUCGCACACUGCAUUGAAUAAAAACCUGUAUGCAUUGGCUCACUACAGACAUACAUUCAUACACUACACAAUCAGUAAUACCCAAUGCAAUGAUAGAACUAUAGUAUAGGACUGCAAAGGCAUGCACUGAAUGUUUUUAUAAUAGAAGUAGUGCUGCAAUAAGAACAAUAAAGGGGCCAUAGAUGAAUACUGCCACUUGGAAUAAAGGGUUUUAGUUUAAAAUGAUGUCAUGUGGUUUAUAUGGAUAUAUUGUGUAGUCCUGAAUCCCUUGAGAUGCAAGAUUUAUUGAACAUAAUGCAUAUGUCACGGUACCUGUUCCCAUGUAGUGUGAAAUGCAUCUACAUGUAGAUUUUAAGAUGAUAUAUAACAAGUUAAUACAUCAAUUCACUAAUACUAUAAUCACUUGUACAUUUAUAGCUCAUUGAUCCUGAAUAUUAUUAUUAUUAUGAUAUUUAUAGAGCGCCGUCAAAUUCCGCGGCGCUUUACAAUGGGUGGACGAACAGACAUGUAGUUGUAACCAGACAAGUUGGACACACAGGGACAGAGGGGUUGAGGGCCCUGCUCAAUGAGCUUACAUGCUAGAGGGAGUGGGGUAAAAUGACACAAAAAGGUAAGGAUAGUAUAAGACUAGUGACAGUUGCAGAAGAGGAAUCAGUCGUGAGCUAUUAACAGUUUAAUUGAUACGCUUUUAUGAAGAAGUGGGUUUUUUAUCGUAGUCUCUUUAUAUUUUCUUUAUGUCUCUUUGUAUAAAGAGAAAGAAAGAAAAACAAAAGUGUUAUCCCUGGACAAAUAGCUCGUUAGCUGACUGUUGCUGUAUCCAGGGCGCCUUCCCUGUCUUUAUUUCUCUUUUAUGUAUUAUCUGCUUUCUUAUGUAUUUAUUGUUAUAGUCUAUAUGUCUGUGGUAUCUUAUUGUAUCUCAAUGUCUCUAUCAUAGCAUCAGAGAGCUCGGAAUCAUGUAUGGUGAGAGCUAUAGAGGUACAUUUCAUUCAAAAACAAGGGCUUUAGUAUGUUUCAGGUGUCACUGUGACCUUAUAGACCUUAUCGGAUUUCCUUGUAUUUAUUUUUUUUGUAUUCUUUUUAUCCAUUUGAACUUUGUAAAAUAUAGGUCUUUAUUCAUCAGGCUUUUGUGUUUUCUGCAUUGUUAAAGUGGAAAUUUAUUAUAGGUUUGUGAAGUUGUUUUUUUAAAGCUUUACAUUUUUGUUGUUUUUUUUAAGUGCACACUAAUUGUAGUGGUUAGGGUACAGGAGUAGAGACUCCUUGUCAUCCCCCUAUUUUCGCCAAACUGAUUUCAAGUUACUCUCCUGCCAUCCAAAGCUUAGUCCUUCUGCGGCUGUUCACAUGAUGCAAGAGUUUAACAUUGCAUUAUCCAUCUAAAUCUGUCUAUCCUUGGCAGUGAUGGGCUCCAACUUAGAAUUUCCAUUCAAGGUUGGUCAGCUGUAAGUGGAUAACGUGGAAGUGAAUUUUUUUCAGCAGAGAGGUCAGUUUUAAGAUGUUAUUUUUUUGUAAAACCAUUUUCAAGCAUUUUUGGAAAUUGGGGGGGCUAGCAACCAAAGACUCCUUGCACCAUAACUAUUAGAAUAUGUCAAUGGACCUGAGUGUUUGUCCUCAUAUACUUUGUCAACAUCCUCCAGAACAUUUAAAACUAGUCCGAAGGGGCAAGUGUGGGCAAUUGCAGGAUCUCUUCAACUGAUUUUUAGGUCACUGUAUCAGCCUGGAAGGUUUUCCUAUAUUUUGCAUAUUAAGGGCAAAAAAGUGAAGUUACAUACUCCCCAUACAAAUGAUAGAGGGCUCAGCUGGUUGACCCCUUUAGGGUCCCCGAAGAUGUAAACCUCUGCAAAGUAUGUGCAGUUUCUGACUGACCACUUUCUUCCCUGGUACAGAAGGAAGAACUAUGCUUUCUGUAAUAAAAUCAUCUUCAUGCACGACAAUGUACCAUCUCAUGCUGCAAAGAAUACCUCUGCAUCAAUGGCUGCUAUGGGGAUAAAAGGAGAGAAAGUCAUGGUGUGGCCUCCAUCCUCCCCUGACCUCAAUCCUAUUGAGAACCUUUGGAGCAUCCUCAAGCAAAAGAUCUAUGAGGGUGGGAGGCAGUUUACAUCCAAACAGCAGCUCUGGGAGGCUCUUCUGACAUCUUGCAAACAAAUUCAAGCAGAAACUGUCCAAAAACCCACAGGUUCAAUGGAUGCAAGACUUGUGAAGCUGCUAUCAAAUAAGGGUCCUAUGUUAAAAUGUAACGUGACCUGUUAAAAUGUUUAAAAAGUUAAAAUGUUGUUAUAAGUUUGAUUGAAAUAGCUUUUGAUUUCAGUAAAUAUGCUGCAAACACAACAAAUGACAAUUUUCAGUUCUUUACAACCUAUAAAGUGUUUUGAAACUUACUGUGCGUAAUAAUUUAGAACAGUGCAUUGUAAGCUUUUUAUGUUUAAAAAAAAUUCUUUUAUCAUUAGGAGGUUUGUUCAAUAAAAUUUGAUUUGUAUUCUUAAUAGUUGAUAACAUGAGAAUUAUGCUGACUGUUAUUUACAUCAAUUAUUUAGGUAAAUGAGAAAAAUAUAAUUUGCAUAAUUUGGAACAGGGUGUAUAUAUACAUAUAUGUUUAUAUAUCUUGCAGGAGUCGGCUUUGUGACAAGGAAAGCAGCUUGUGCAGUGUCAGCUGAUGUCACCAUCAGUUUGGAAGGAGACAUUUGGACAAUUAAGACAUCGAGCACCUUCAAAACCUAUGAGAUCAAGUUUAAACUUGGAAUACAGUUUGAUGAAGAAACUGCAGAUGACAGAAAAGUUAAGGUAAGGUAUCAAGAUAAUGGGCAACAUCAAAACAUCAAGAUGGGCAUUUUUUACCCUCUUGUCCUAGAAUUUCAUUGUGCUAUAGGAUAUUCUACAUCAGCAGAAUUUUGUGCUUUGACUGUGAAAGAUUUUUAUUUAUUUAUUUUUAAACAAGUAAGCACACAUAGACUGAUAACAUUUGUUUGAUGAGACCCUGCAAGGAAAGCAUUAUUUAGUUCAUGGUUGGGGAGACACUACAGCACAACAGGAAUAUUAGGGUUUAUGUUUGGCUUAAAAAAUGAAGUUGUAUGACAAUGAGGCCCUAUGUUUUACAUUACGUUAAGAGGUUAAACCGUUUAGAAGCAGUUCAACCCUAAGGGCCAUAUGGUGCAUGUCCUCAAGGUUCCCUAUUCCUCCUACCCCAUUCACAACUUCAAUGGCUAGCAGCCAGCAAGCAAAUUGUUAAAAACCCUUGGGCAUGCGUUAAUUAUGCAAGAGUUAAUUAUGUGGCAGCUGACCAACACAUGCUACCCAGCUGCCACAUUAAGUAAAAAAAAAAAGAAAAAAAGAUAUUGAUAAAAAAUAUCCCAUGGGAUCAUUAAGACCCCUGUAUUACUAUCUGGCAGGUGGGGGGCAUAUGCACUAAAAAUUAAAACUAACAUUGUUACAUUUAAAGGAGGGAACCUAAUUACCCCUCCCAUUUCCCCAACCCAUGUCAGCGGAUGGGGGUCCAAAUAUUUAAAAUAAUGGAGGGGACCUGUUGUCCCCUUCCCAAGCGAUGGAUGGGGCCCAUAAUAUUUAUAAUGGGGGGGGACACCCUAGUUUCCCCUCCCCAUGCCACGCAGGGCAGUGGGCGGGGCCCUAAUACCUAUAGGGGGGGAAGACCUAUUGUCCCCUCACAUGGACCCCACACAUGCUGGUGGUUGCAGGUCCUAAUAUUUAUAAUAGGAUUAAAGUGCCCCUUCCCUGAUCUCCCAUUCCGGAGGGUGGUGGUCCCAAUAUUAUCAUUAAUGAUCGGGUCCUAAUAUUAACUAUUUAUAGUUUACGUGCCAGUUAGAGAGAGAUCAAUUACAAUCUCUAAGGGUAACCAACGUUAGCACAACACCUGCACACGUAAUAUCCUUAUUAUAUAACUAAGAAACAAUGUAUCACUUGUUCUCUGGACAAUGGUUACUUAGAGACACCUAACAUACAAACUGAGAGUAAAGGUGGCGGUGUAGGUUUCCUGCUUUCACCCCACUGCUCCUUUAAAACUCUGCCCAUCCCCCCUUCCCUCUCCUUUCCAUCAUUUGAAAUUCAUUCAAUUCGCCUUUUCAAACCCUUCUCUGCUUACAUUGCCAUUGUUUAUUGUCCCCCUGGAUCCCCCUUCCUAUUCCUUGACCACUUUGCUGCCUGGCAACUCUACUUCCUCUCUUCUAAUAUUCCAUCCCUAAUUCUUGGGGACUUCAAUAUUCUCAUUAACCCAUCUUUGACCUCAGCAGCCUCUAAACUACUUUCAAUUACUUCCUCCCUCAGGUUAUCGUAGUGGCUAAUUCUCCUACCCAUGUAGCUGGCAAUACCCUCAACCUCAUUUUCUCUAAUGCAUGUACAGUAUCUAAUAUCUGCAACACUCCAUUUCCUCUCUCUGAUCACCACCUCUUAUUGUUUGCUCUCCAGUACCCCCUCACCCAACAAACUCAGCCCAACCCCCUCAACUCAGGAGAAACCUUAAUUCUAUUGACCUCCAGCAGCUGUCAGCUGAUAUUGAUUCACAACUGCUAUCCAUCCCUUCCCUCUCCUGUCCCUCACUGGCCAUCUCCACAUAUAACUCCCUCACCUCUGCCUUGAACGCUGCAGCCCCGCUCCAAACAUGCACCUCGAGGAGGACGCGCCCCCAACCGUGGCAUACUAAAUCAACACGCUAUCUGCAAAGUUGCUCCUAUUGUGCUGAACGCUCCUGGAGGAAGUCUUGCACCCAUUCAGACUUUCUCCAUUAUAGUUUCAUAUUGUGUUCAUACAGCACAGCCCUUUCCCUCGCCAAACAGUCCUACUUUUCCUCUCUCAUUAGUUCAUGCUACCGCAAUCCCAGGCAUCUCUUUGACACCUUUAACUCUCUUCUUCACCCUGUUUUCACUACCCCCCAAACUAACUUUACAGCCGAUAGCUUUGCAUGCUACUUUACCGACAAGAUGGAACAGCUAAGGAAAGAAUUCCCCCCACCUUGCCAUUUUCUUUCUCAACUACACGUAGAUCAUGCCUUUUCUACCCUUCAGACUUUCUCCCCGGCUACUGAACAAGAGGUGGCUGCGCUUCUCCUUUCCUCUCACCCCACCACUUGCUCGCUCGAUCCCGUCCCAUGUCACCUCAUCAGAUCUCUCUCUCCCCUUGUCUUGUGCCUUCCUUAACACACAUCUUCAACUGCUCUCUCUCUUCUGGCAUUGUCCAUGCAGAUCGUAAACAUGCCACUGUAGUACCUAUCCUGAAAAAAACAUCUCUUGACCCGUCCUCUCCCUCUAACUGUCGUCCAAUAUCCCUGCUCCCUUUUUCCUUGAAGCUUCUGGAAAGACUUGUCUUUGCUUGUGUAUCUCACUUUCUCAAUUCCAACUUUCUCCUUGACCCUCUUCAGUCUGACUUCCGCCCUCUCCAUUCUACUGAGACUGCUCUUAUCAAAGUUACUAACGACCUAAUUGCAGUUAAAUCCAAAGGCCACUACUUCAUACUAAUUCUUCUUGACCUCUCUACUACCUUUGACACAGUUGAUCAUGCUCUCCUUCUUCAAACUCUUCAAUCGCUCGGUCUCUGUGACUCUGUCCUCUUGUGGUUUUCCUUGUAUCUCUCCCAAUGCUCAGUCAGUAUCUCCUUUUCUAAUGAUACCUCCUCCCCUUCUCCUGUCUCGGUUGGAGUCCCCAAAGGCUCUGUCCUUGGCCCCCUUCUAUUUUCUCUUUACACUGCCUCUCUUGGCAAACUUAUUGCCUGUUUUGGAUUCCACUACCACCUGUACGCUGAUGACACCCAGAUAAAUCUCUUCUCCCCAGAACUUUCCCCUGCCAUCCUGCAAUGUUUCACUGCUUGCCUUUCUUCCAUCUCUGACUGGAUGUCCUCACGCUUUCUAAAACUCAAUCUCUCUAAAACUGAGCUCCUUGUUUUUCCUCCUCCUAAUACUGAUCCUCCUCUCUCGCUCUACCUUCAAGUCAGUGGUAUCGACAUAAGUCCAUCAUUGCAAGUGCGCUGUCUUGGCGUCAUAUUUGACUCUGGUCUCACCUUUGAGCCUCACAUCCAGUAUGUUGCCAAAUCCUGUAGAUUCCAACAUAAAAACAUAGCCUGCAUCCACCUGUUUCUUACAAAAGAUGCUACCAAGGAGCUUGUCCAUGCUCUAGUAAUUUCCCGCAUGGAUUAAUGUAACCCUCUCCUAAUUGGUCUUCCCAAAAGCUGUAUUGCCCCGCUACAGUCUGUAAUGAAUGCCGCCGCCAGACUGAUUUUCCUCUCUAGUCAGUACUCUCACACCUCACCCCUCUGUCAGUCCUUACAUUGGCUUCCGGUAUCCUAUAGGAGUCAAUUCAAAGUGCUAACCCAUACAUAUUAAAGCACUGAAUAGUUCUAGCCCCUCUUAUAUCUCUUCACAGAUCCAUAAGUAUGCCCCUUCUCGGUCACUCUACGCUCUGCCCGUGAUCUUCUCCUGUCCGCUGCUCGCACCCGUGCAGCCAACUUACGCUUGCUGCACUUCUCGCGGGCGGCUCCCUUCCUUUGGAAUAGCCAGCCAACCUCCAUCAGACUCCCCUAGUCUUCAAUCAUUUAAGAAGUGCCGUAAAACCCAUCUCUUUUGGAAAGCUUAUGGCCUCCCAGAGUAACCUCUACCUUACAUACCUGUCGCUUGCUCUCUCCUAAAGGGCAGCACUCUACUCUCUCCUCCAGCUCUGCUUCACUCCCACCUUAUUUGAUUGGUAUUUCUGUCCUAAUGUGUUUUAUACCCCACCUCCUAUAGACUGUAAGCUCGUUUGAGCAGGGUCCUCUUCAACCUAUGGUUCUUGUUAGUUUUCUUGUAAUUGUCCUAUUUAUAGUUAAAUACCCCUCUCAUAUUAUUGUAAAGUGAUACGGAAACUGUUGGCGCUAUAUAAAUGAUGAUGAUGAUGAUGAUAAUAAUAAUAAUAAUAAUAAUAUGUAAUAGUUUUAAUUUUAAGUACUCGAAUCUUGCCUGAACUCUGUGGCUCCUAUAAAAACUAUGCAUUUCCCAAAGGGAUAUCCAGAUUUUACACUUCUUUACAUUGCUUUGCCUUGUAUAUAUUAUUAUAUGCAUGCUGAUGAACCUAUAAUUGCAGAAUGUUAGAAAAUGGGCUGCAUUGCCUCGAUUUUGCCAAAGCUUUUCCAAUGGUACAUGCAGAAUAUUACUUUUGUUGUCAUCCAUUUUGUCCAUCUUUGUUUUUCUCCCCACGCAUUUCAUGUUGUAGGAUGUAUCCUGACAUAUUUCUCACGUAUUGCUCCUUUUCUAUUGUUUAUUACAAAAUUAUCGGGAUUUUUAAUGUACAAACUGCUGCCCCCAUAAAAGGCUGUAUAGUCAAACAUUUCCAGAAAAUAUAUAUUUUUGCUUAUUGGUGGCGUUACUGACAAAUGGCAGUCUUACUCCUAUCAAACAAAUACAUACAUAAAUGAUUAUAAUCAUAAUAUUGUUGAUCGAAUUAUAUCACUAAUCACUGCCUCUUUUUCAUUUGACCUCAGACCACUGUGACACUAGACAAAGGAGUACUGAUCCAAGAACAAAAAUGGGAUGGCAAAACAACUACAAUCAAACGGGAGGUGAUAGAUGGAAAAUUAAUAGUGGUAUGUCUACUGACCAACCUGUGUUAAAGAAAUAAAAUGGUUUCUAGUGCAUAAUGUCCAACAUUCUAAAGUCUGAAUUUACGCUCAAGUAGAGAGUAAACGCAUUUAGUGAUAUGGUCUUGCUGUGCUUUCUGGACUAGUCUUUGGUGUUUCCAGAUGUGGGACACCAGAAAACCAACCCAUAAGUUGGAACAUGGUUCUACAAAUUAGACUGACCUACUGAGUUUGGAACAAUCAUAAUUUAGAGAAAAGAGUUUGCUACAUCACUUUUCCCAUUUUCCAAUCUCAAUCUGUAACAAGUUCUUAUGGAAUUAUACAAUACUGUAUAAUGCAGUGUUACAUGUCUUUAAAGAGCAAGUGAGAUAUUAAAGGGACACUAUAGUCACCAGAACAACUACAGCUUAUUGAAUUUGUUUUGGUGAGUAGAAUCACUACCUUCAGGCUUUUUGCUGUAAACACUGUAUUUUCAGAGAAAAUGCAGUGUUUACAUUACAGCCUAGUGAUAACUCCCCUGGCCACUCCUCAGAUAGCUGUUAGAGAUCCUUCCUGGGUCAUGACUGCCUAAAAUGCAUCCAAACAUUCAGUGUCUCCUCCCACUGCAUGCAGACACUGAACUUUCCUCAUAGAGAUUUAUUGAUUCAAAUCAUCUCUAUGAGGAGAUGCUGAUUGGCCAGGGCUGUGUUUGAAUCAUGCUGGCUCUGCCCCUGAUCUGCCUCCUUGUCAGUCUCAACCAAUUAUAAGGGGAAGCACUGUGAUUGGAUUAGGCUAGCACAUGUCAGCAGACUGCUUGUUUUUCUGAGUCUAACAGUAUACAUAGUUACAGCUUCAGGUUUGAAUACAGUAAGAUUUUUACUAUAGUUAUGGAGGCAUGAGGGGCCCAGGGGGGCUAGAUGGUGGUGUUAACACUAUAGGGUCAGGAAUACAUGUUUGUGUUCUUGACCCUAUAGUGAUCCUUUAAGAUCUACGGGAGCAGGCGACAACACAAUACAUUUUUUUUUAAGUGUGAAAAUAAAAAUAGUAUCAUUCGAUCUUAUUUUUCUAAUUUGUAAUUUAACCUACAAAAGUCAACGUAGAGAAUUAGAUUUUUCUACACUAGCUAUUUGCAUGAAUAAUAUUAAUUGAUUAAUAUUAAUUUGUGUCUAUGCUUGAUGAGAGAUGGAGCAGCCCAGCAAUUAAUGGGUCUACCAUUUGGCCUUCCCUGAACAAAAAAAAUGCAAUUAUUUAUUUCACUAUUUUCAUUAAAAACAAAAUAGAGUAAAAGAAAAUCUAAUUAAAAGGAACACUCCAGUCCCUCAAAGCACUGCAGCAUUUUUAUAUAUGUUUAGUAAUACUUCACAGCUUUCAGACAGCUGUAGUGACAGUUUGGUUUUUUUCUACAGAUUUUUAUUUAUUUAUUUAUUUAUUUAUUAAUUGCUAUUAAAGUAAACCACAGUGUAAUUUUAUUUAUUUAACUGAAAACUUUUUUUUUUUCUUUUUGCAGACAUGUAUCAUAGGUGAUGUGGUAUGUGUUCGGACAUACAAGAGAUGAAUCCUGCAUCCUUGGCAUCGUCGCAAAUAUAAAUGAAAAAAAAAAAAAUAAGCUCAGUUCAAUGAGCAUCAGAUACAUUGUUUGAUUGGUUUCUGAUAUUCAAAGAAAUAUUAAAGCUUUUUUUGCCUUA